AUGGGUGAUAAUAAAAGAAAGAGAGGUCCAAAACCCAAAACCCCAGCAGCUGAAGAUACCAAUAUCACCACCAUGGAUAUCCAAUACACCAACCCCACCACCGCAAACGACGCCGUUUCAGUUCCCGCGAACGAAACCGCCACUGACCCCAGUAGCUCCCAGCCCAGUCGCCGUGGACGAGGCCGGCCCAGAAAGACCGAGAAGCUCAACAUAGCGGCUUCACCGGAACGACGAAGCUUGAGACACGCGGACCAAAACGGCGAUGGUGGGCACGCCUUGGCUGUCGUUUCCGAGCCACCGUUGAUGGUGCCGAGCUGGGAGAACGUGGCGAGAGUGGUCCCGGCCAUGGAGGCCGUAGUAAAGGUGUUUUGUGUGCACACGGAGCCUAAUUUAUCGUUGCCAUGGCAGAGGAAGAGGCAGUACAGUUCGAGCAGUAGUGGGUUUGUGAUAGGAGGCAGGAGGGUCUUGACCAAUGCGCACUCUGUGGAGCACCAUACCCAGGUUAAGCUCAAGAAACGUGGCUCUGAAACUAAGUACUUGGCCACUGUGUUAGCCAUUGGAACCGAGUGUGAUAUUGCAAUGCUUACGGUGAGUGAUGAUGAAUUCUGGGAAGGAGUUUCACCUGUGGAGUUUGGCGAGUUACCGGCACUCCAAGAUGCUGUGACCGUAGUGGGCUACCCUAUUGGGGGUGACACGAUCUCUGUGACAAGUGGUGUUGUGUCACGUAUGGAGAUACUGUCUUAUGUUCAUGGAUCGACUGAGCUUCUAGGACUGCAGAUAGAUGCUGCAAUAAACUCUGGAAACUCUGGUGGGCCUGCCUUUAAUGAUAAAGGAAAAUGUGUGGGUAUCGCAUUUCAGUCUCUUAAACAUGAGGAUGUGGAAAAUAUAGGUUACGUCAUACCAACACCAGUUAUUAUGCACUUCAUUCAAGAUUAUGAGAAGAAUGGGGAAUAUACAGGGUUCCCAGUUAUUGGAGUUGAAUGGCAGAAGAUGGAAAAUCCUGAUCUGCGCACGUCAAUAGGGAUGAGAACUGAUCAAAAGGGUGUGCGUAUCAGAAGAAUUGAACCUACAGCUCCAGAAUCACAUGUUCUGAAGCCAUCUGAUAUUAUUCUUAGCUUUGAUGGGGUUAACAUUGCAAAUGAUGGCACGGUUCCAUUCAGGCAUGGAGAGCGCAUAGGUUUCAGUUACCUUGUGUCUCAAAAGUAUACUGGUGAUAAUGCUCUAGUAAAAGUUCUUCGUAACUCAGAGAUACUUGAAUACAACAUAAAACUUUCAACUCACAAACGACUCAUCCCGGCACACAUCAACGGCAAACCUCCUUCAUAUUAUAUCAUUGCUGGUUUUGUUUUUGCAGCGGUAUCUGUUCCAUAUCUGCGUUCUGAGUAUGGAAAGGAUUAUGAAUUUGACGCUCCAGUGAAACUGUUGGACAAGCAUUUACAUUCAAUGGCGCAGUCUAUCGAUGAACAGCUUGUUGUUGUUUCUCAGGUACUUGUUGCCGACAUUAAUAUUGGAUAUGAGGACAUUGUUAACACUCAGGUUCUCGCUUUUAAUGGUAAACCUGUGAAUAAUCUGAAGAAGUUGGCCAGCAUGGUGGAGAAUUGUGACGACGAGUACCUAAAGUUUGACCUAGAGUACGAUCAGAUGGUUGUACUACAGACAAAAACUGCCAAGGCAGCAACUUUAGAUAUCCUCCUGACACAUUGCAUACCUUCAGCAAUGUCUGAUGACCUUAAGUCUUAA